AUGCAGCUGACUGACAUGAAUGACAGUCUGACAGGCGCGUUAGCCAUCGGUCGUUCGGGGGGAGAUCGACCAACUAGCUGGGUUGAACUUGGAAUUGUUGAGCUCCAAUCGAGUGGUAGCAGCAGCAGCAGCAGCAACAACAACAACGCAACAGUCAGACCAACUUCAACUGACUGCUCUCACCCUGCGUUGGAUGGCUCGAUUGCCUCUUUUUCUCUCUGCCUCAUCCAUGUAAUCCCAUGUACCAUUCCGUGUCCUGUCCCAUCUUCUCAAGCGGUAAGAGAGGGAUGUGAGGAUGAUGCACCUACCCUUUGCUGGAAGCGGGUCGCUUGGCUCUUCUGGCAUGUGCUGAGGGUGACACCAGCCUUAGCCGCUGCUGUGACGGCACGGGGAUGGAUUGAGCCACGCUUCAUGCAAGAUGCAGGAUACAUCCUGGCAAUGUCUGAUAUCGAAUCGAGAAGGCAAAGAAGGCAACUACUUACAUCUGACUCGAUCGGAUUUCAUUGGCGGCAAGGAAUCGCGAACACUCGAAAUGGUGAGUGGGUUCCUGUGAGAGUGGGUUUCUUCUGUGGCGUCCAACUGCUGAUUCAACUUGCGGAUGUCAUCAGGGAUUGGGGGUAUUCGUGGCUUUUUUGGAAGACACAACUGGCACUAGUUCUUCCCACCGAUGGGGACAAUCUCAUUGAUCCUUUGGCCGAUGACUCGCUAGCCGCCUCGCAGUCAAGUCAUGGUGAUAGUAUAUCGGACCCCCCGUCUGACGCAGUUCUAGACUUCAACCCAGCGUCUUGGUUAAUCUACUUGUCAAGGUGCCACAUGAAAUUUACCUUAUAUGGCUCAAGCGUGCUUGAGCAUAGUGCUCACUUGCGGAUGCAUCCCAUCCGACCGUCCAUGCUGGACGGCAGAAAGGGAAGGAGCACCACCCAGGAAAUGAGGAGAAAGACAAGAAACCAAGACAACGGAGAAGAAGCGAAAAAGCAAAACCAAGACAAGAGGCCGAAAAAGGAAUGCACGACCAGGGAAACCUUGCAAGGCAGAGGACCGCAACGAUCUAGUCCCGGCGUUUCUCGGGGUGUAAUCGCAGAGGGGCGCUACUCCCAAGCGAGUAAAAGAGCUGAGCGUUCCGCACACUUAGAGAGCGACAACCGGCCAGAUAGCCCGAGUGAAUAUAACACCAAGCCUGCAUCGCUGGCGGGCGUUGUCAUGCUAGGUACCUUCUUACUAAGGCGUAGAACGAGAUUUCCACCUAAUCAAUAUCCUCGCAACAACUCCACACACGACCAUUCCAAGCCAGUAUGCUUGGCAACAUGGGUUCUUUGGGGGACAGCCGUGUCUCAUGAGCGGGCACUCGGUGGUCCGAAUCCUUGGUCUUGCUUAUUGUUUCAAACCAUUCCCAUCCUGCUCGUUGGCUACCCGUUCCGAAAUAUGGAGACCGAAGGCGGGGGGACGAAAGGCUUAGUCGCGUCUAGUCCGUGGGGAGGGGAAGACGAAGGAGGGGCAGCAGGAGAUUUGGAAGAGCGAUGGGCUUGGAAACUAGCGGAUGGAAGGGUGGAAGAACGAAGAUACGCCGGAGAUGCUGCCUGCAUGCAGGGCAUGCAGCCUGAGGGGGAAACGGACGAGCCCAGCUUCGCCCUGAAGCCCAUCAAACAGCUCGCGAUCAUGCAUUUAUCACGGUUGGCGUUAGCAUCAUGGCCUGCAUAUUCCCACCAUUUCCUUACACCCGUUCCGCUUGGUAACCCACCAUAUCAGGCCCGGAAUGUCUUAGCGGGAAACAAAAAGAGGAAAAUUGAACUCUUCGCAUUUCGCACUCUUGAUGAGUCCCUGUUCAAGAUCAAUGAAGGGUGGCACCUUAUUACUUGGCCUCAGGAUAAGUAA